AUGGCCUGCAAAAUGACUGCUGUGGCAUGUGUAUUGACGUACUUUGCAUUGUCGCUUUAUUUCGGCUCCUGCUACAGCGCAGAGUACGUGUAUGACGUCUUUAACGACGAAGACAGGGAUGCGUUGUAUUAUGAUACCUUCCCUGACGAUUUCAAAUGGAGCUCCGCGACAUCGUCCUACCAGAUUGAGGGAGCCUGGAACGAAGACGGCAAAGGGCCUAGUAUAUGGGACACUUUCUGUCACGAAGGUGGGCAUGUUUAUGAAAACCACACCGGCGACGUCGCCUGUGACAGCUACCACAAAUACAAAGAAGAUAUCGCUUUGAUGGCCAAUCUCGGUCUUAAGAAUUACCGUUUUUCCAUAGCCUGGUCACGCGUGUUACCGACUGGGAAAAUCGACAGCGUCAACGAGGACGGUAUUGCUUACUAUAAUAACGUGAUCGAUGAACUACUCGAUAACGGUAUAGAUCCAAUGGUUACGCUGUACCAUUGGGAUCUUCCACAGGGGCUACAUGACGACUACGGCGGAUGGAUGAACGAAUCUAUUAUCAACGAUUUCAACGAUUAUGCCAAGCUCUGUUUUGAACGAUUCGGUGACCGUGUGAAGUUUUGGAUAACUUUUAACGAACCAUGGAUCGUGGCUUUAUUGGGCUACGAGAGCGGCGUGUUUGCGCCAGGAAUAAACGAACCCGGGACCAUACCGUACGUCGUUGGCCACAAUCUUAUCAAAUCACACGCAGAAGCUUGGCACACCUACGACGAUCAAUUUCGUAGCGUGCAAAAAGGCGUAAUCGGCAUCACCUUGAACUCGGACUGGUCAGAGCCACACGAUAGAAAGAACUACAAACAUAUUUUCGCUUCUGAAAGAGCAAUGCAAUUUUCGCUUGGUUGGUUUGGUCAUCCUAUCUACAAGAAUGGGGAUUAUCCAGAAAUUAUGAAAACGAAAAUUGCCGAGAUUAGUGCCGGCCAGGGAUUACCGCAGUCGAGAUUACCGGAGUUCACGGAAGAAGAAAAGGUCUUUAUUAACCACACGGGGGAUUUUUUCGGACUCAAUCAUUACAGUACCAAUUACGUGGUCAAUCCAACGAAUGAAAACUACGAGUUGCCGGGCUACUGGGGGUCUGAUGUGAAUGUGCCGUCGUGGAAAGAGGAGAGUUGGCCACAGUCUGCAUCUAGCUGGUUGAAACCGGUUCCGUGGGGUAUUCGUCAAAUUCUAGUAUGGAUACACAACGAGUAUGAUGGAAUCGAUUCUUACGUCACAGAAAAUGGGGUUUCCACACAUGACGUGUACGAUUUAAGUGACGAAGAAAGAAUGAAAUAUUACAAAUCGUACAUCAAUGAAGUUCUCAAAGCUAUAAAGCUCGAUGGCGCCAACUGUAAAGGUUACACCGCUUGGUCGUUGUUGGAUAACUUUGAAUGGGCAGCUGGUUACAGCGAACGGUUCGGCAUGCAUUACGUGGAUUUUUCCGACGAUGAUCGUCCUCGCGAAGUCAAAGAUUCGGCUAAAUUGUACGCCGACAUCAUAGCCGAUAAUGGUUUCAUCGAAGAUAAUACGUCUCGAAGUCUCGUCGUUGAGGGAUCGGUUUUACUAACAGCCUUCGUGGUGAUUAUAGUCAAUACGUUGUAG